AUGCGAGCGAAAAUCCACGUGAAGGACGGGAACGUUGCUGAUCGCCGAGAACACGUGGAACACUACAUCGAGACACUGGAUGACCACGAUCUCGCAAAGCAAUUGACCUUGCUGCGUUUGGACGACGUGUUAACGCUGGAGUUAACGCUGCACACUCAUGAACGUAUGCAAAAGCGCAAAUGCAAUCUCCUGAUCAGAUCAGGCAAGUUCCGCUCACGAUCAGCGUCGCCAUACUCUCUGAGUCCAUCCAAACCGGCUCGAGCUGGGCGUCCAAACCACGUGGGGGGCGAGAGCAGUUCGUCGGAAUCAGAUAUUUGCAGUGCGGAAUCCGACGAAGAAAAUCAGAGUGUUUACAGCGCCACAACAGCCGACUAUACGAAGGACCGGGGAAAUGAUCGUCCGCCAAAGCCAAGAUCGAACGACCGUGAACGCGAUCACGAGCGUGCAGAAGGGCACAAGUCGUGCACUCAUUGUGGGUUCAAAAGACAUGGUGGCAGGGGAUGCUGGAAACGCCUGACUUGUCAGAAAUGCGAGCGCCGAGGUCACCUCUCCGACAAGUGUUUUUACGAAUGCUCAGCGUGUGGAGAAGUGCACGACGGGGGCAACUGCCCGAUGGAAAAGUUUUACAAUAUGCUUUUGCAAGAGGUACGUGUCGAUCAAACAGCCGGAAUGCUUCCUCCCGACGCUGAGAAGAUGUUACACUAA